AGUAUUUCACUCAGCUCCUGGAACACAUAAGCUCUCAGUAAAUACUAGUGUUUGUCUGAAUGACCCUCAGUCUUCCAGAAGAUCCAAAACUCUGAGAUAGGCAAAAAAGCAGCUUAGCAUGAGUUGCGAGUUUAACAAAAGCGUAAGUGGUGCCUUAGAAACCAAACAAACAAAAACCCCUAAGUACUCUGAUCGUCACAAGUGAUUUAAGGUAAUUGGAUUGUGUGUAGCAGAAGAAAGGUGGCUUCUAUUUGAUGUGAGGUAGACUGUCAAAAUCAAGUAGAAAGAAAAUGGGGGUUGAGAAGAUAGGGAAAAGAAGGAAAGAACCAUGACAGGAGGAAAAACAGAAUCAGCAAAAAGGCAACUAAAAAAAACAAACAGGCUUAUAGACAUCAGUAAUAAUUGAUAGAAAUCUCAUAUUCACGAUGUCUUGUCUAAAAGGACUUUGACUUAGUGGGAUUCUUCAUACAUAAGGAUAAGCAAUACGUUGGCAAUUUCAUGGUUUAUUACUGAAAGUAGAAAGAAAAGAAAAAGGCAACAUGGUAACGAGAAUAGGAAGAACUGAUGUUUUUUGAGGACAUAUGAUGCUGAGACAAACACUUCCAUACCUGCAUAGAGAUUGCUUUGCAUAAACCCACCCCUGUUUGAAAUCUACCAAGUCUUACUAAGUCCAACGCAACAUCACAUAGCACUUAUAGGAAUAAAAGGACUUAUGGUAUUAGAAUUACCUAAAAGAUGGGGGAAGAAUUCUGAAUUUGAAGGUGGCAAAUCAACAGUGAAUUGUAGUACCACUCCAAUUGCUGAGAGAUUUUUCACCAGUUCUACCUCUCUGACUCUAAAGCAUGCUGCCUGGUAUCCAAGUGAAAUGCUGGAUCCCCACAUAGUUCUGUUAACAUCAGACAAUGUAAUAAGAAUUUACUCUCUACGUGAGCCCCAGACACCCACUAAGGUCAUCGUACUUUCAGAAGCAGAAGAGGAAAGUCUAAUACUCAAUAAAGGGAGGGCAUAUACUGCAUCUCUAGGAGAAACAGCAGUUGCAUUUGACUUUGGGCCAUUGGCAGCCAUCCCGAAGAAUAUUUUUGGACAAAAAGGCAAAGAUGAAGUAGUGGCAUACCCACUGUACAUCUUAUAUGAGAAUGGGGAGACUUUCCUUACAUAUGUUAGUCUGUUACACAGCCCUGGGAAUAUCGGAAAGCUGUUAGGUCCAUUGCCUAUGCAUCCUGCGGCUGAAGAUAACUAUGGUUAUGACGCUUGUGCUAUACUCUGCCUACCCUGUGUCCCCAACAUCUUAGUGAUUGCUACCGAGUCAGGAAUGCUCUAUCACUGUGUUGUGCUGGAAGGCGAAGAAGAAGAUGACCAAACAUCAGAAAAGUCCUGGGAUUCCAGGACCGACCUCAUUCCUUCUCUGUACGUGUUUGAAUGUGUGGAGUUGGAGCUUGCCCUGAAACUGGCGUCUGGAGAGGAGGAUCCCUUUGAUUCCGACUUCUCUUGUCCAAUCAAACUUCACAAAGAUCCCAAGUGUCCCUCAAGAUACCACUGUACUCAUGAAGCUGGUGUACACAGUGUUGGACUAACUUGGAUUCAUAAACUUCAUAAAUUUCUUGGAUCAGAUGAAGAAGAUAAGGAUAGUUUACAGGAACUUGCUACAGAACAGAAAUGCUUUGUGGAACACAUCCUUUGUACAAAGCCAUUGCCAUGCAGGCAGCCAGCUCCCAUUCAAGGGUUCUGGAUUGUCCCUGACAUCCUGGGGCCCACGAUGAUCUGUAUCACCAGCACCUAUGAAUGCCUCAUAAGGCCUUUAUUAAGCACAGUCCAUCCUGCGUCUCCUCCCCUGCUUUGUACUCAAGGAGAUGUUGAAGUGGCCGAGUCUCCCCUCCGAAUUCUAGCUGAAGCCCCGGAUUCCUUUGAAAAGCAUAUAAGAAGCAUUUUGCAACGCAAUGUUGCAAAUCCAGCAUUUUUGAAAUCAUCUGAAAAAGAUACAGCCCCUCCUCCUGAAGAAUGUCUUCAGCUCAUCAGCAGAGCCACCCAGGUGUUCAGAGAACAGUACAUUCUUAAACAGGACCUGGCCAAGGAGGAGAUUCAGCGGAGGAUCAAAUUAUUAUGUGACCAAAAAAAGAAACAACUUGAAGAUCUCAAUUAUUGUCGAGAGGAAAGGAAAAGUCUGCGGGAAAUGGCUGAGCGCUUAGCUGACAAAUAUGAGGAAGCCAAGGAAAAACAAGAAGAUAUCACAAACAGGAUGAAAAAAGUACUUCACAGUUUUCAUUCUCAGCUUCCAGUUCUCUCUGAUAGUGAGAGAGACAUGAAGAAAGAAUUACAGUUGAUACCUGAUCAACUUCGACAUUUGGGCAAUGCCAUCAAACAGGUUACCAUGAAAAAAGACUAUCAGCAGCGCAAGAUGGAAAAGGUACUGAGUCCUCAAAAACCCACCAUUACCCUCAGUGCCUACCAGCGGAAAUGCAUUCAGUCCAUCCUGAAGGAGGAGGGUGAACACAUAAGAGAAAUGGUGAAGCAGAUUAAUGAUAUCCGAAAUCAUGUCAACUUCUGACACCACCAGGAACAGUCGCACCUGAAGUUAACACAAGUGAAGGCUUGAGCUCAAACUGUAAAACAAGCCAGUAGCAUUAUCUAUUUAUAAAGAGGCAUUUGGUGUUAUAUUGUUCAUCAUUUUCAUACUUUACUUGUUUUAUAAUUAUUGAAUAAAUGCUUUUACUUAAAAA